UGACGUGAACACACGAAGCGACGGAGGGAACACAAAUUUCGAAAAUACUCUUGAUUUUUCUGAAUGUACACAAACCCACGUGUGUCACAGGUUAACUAAGACGUUUAACAGCAUGAAUACGUUUGUGACCCACCCCAGUAUCCGGGUGAAAGGCACAGAAGCUAACUUCACCCCAUCACAGUGUACAGAUCCAGCCUGCACCUACAAGGCUCCCCAUAUGCACUGCCCCUUCUGCAUGAAGACAGACAGCUAUGUGGACCCUGUCAUUCUCAAGAUGCACUACAGGGUCAAGCAUGUCGAUAAGGGUGUUGACUUUGCUGGUCUGAAAAUUCUGCGAUGUUGUGAUCGCUGUGAAAUUGUGGGAGCUAUCAAGGGAGAGAAAACAUUCAAGGGAGCUCACUGGCACUGUUACAAAUGUCGGAAUGGCUUUAAUCGACGAGAUGAGGCUGUUAAACACUACAAGACUCAUUUCAGAAACCCAGAGACGACAUUUCAGAUCCAGAUUUCUCAAGUGGAGGAAAGCCUGCGCGGUCAGACAGAAGUCACAUCGGGAGGUAACCUGAUAUCUGACCAGGGUCAGGACGUUACUAUACACCCAGCCCUGACAGAGGCUGUUAUGUCCUCAUCAGCUCUUGCCAAUGGUGUUGGCAGAAGAAGCUCAACAUCGACCAAUGGGAAAGGAGAUAGAGAAGUUCAAGUGCCUGUAGCAGCCAAUGAAACAGUUGGGUCUACAGAGGGUCAGACAAUCAUGAUCAUACACGAGGCUGACAUGGAGACGACUCAGACCAUAGACAACUCUUACACUGUUAUCCCAGGAGAAGAUUACAGUGAUGAUAACAGUGCUGUGGAUAGUGUUUUGGAGGAGUUAGCAGUAAGCCAGGAUCAAGAUAUCCAGAAAAAGUACAGACAGCUUCAGCAACAGUGUCGGCAACUAGAAUCAGAGAAAUCUGAACUGAAGGCUGAGCUACAAGAGCUAAGAACAAAGCUUAAAACCCAAACAGAGAUGUUGAGCAAGUGCCAAAGACGAGAGCAGGAUUUAUUGCAGCAGCUAAGCGUCCCUCUGGACAAAGCGACGGAGGAUCUACUGAAACAACUGGAGAAAAACCACAAGGAGCUUCUGCACCAGCAACUCGGGGCCCUGCGUCGUAGCUACCUCAAUCAGCAGAGCAAAGAGCAACAGACUAUCACAAUACCCAGCGCAGCAUUGCAGAGUGCAGUUCUGGGUGCAGAAUCAGGCUCCAUUUCAAUCACGAUACAACGCAACGAUAUGGCUGGUGACGGACUUGGGGAGACACAUGGCACUACAUUAGCAGUACAGCAGUAUCCAGACCAUGUGCAGGACAGCCCUGGAGAGUUUGAGCCCAGCGAAUCCUGCAAAGUGAUCAGCACCGCAGAUGGUUCUGUCGUUGGACUUUUUUCCGUUACGCAGCAGUCCCAGCUAUCCGUUGCGCAGCAGUCCCAACUGUCCGUUGCUGCUCCGUUUGAUGCGUCGUGUGCCUCGUCAGACUCUCAGGCUGUAACACUCACCACAUCAGCUGCGGACACUUAUGACACUGGUUUGACGACGGUCAUUGAUUCCUCGGAUCUUACUUUUACUACAGUUCCAAGCAUGCAAGUGGAACAGGCUUCCCCUGACAUCCGAAGCUCAGAGUCACAUGAACAGACGUCAGCAGAAGAUCCGCCAGCAAAACGCAGUAAACAUGAUUCAAGGUCAUGACAUAGUGGCGGAGGAUGUCUGCUAGAAAUCCUGUCCUGUAACUUGAACUACCAUACCAGGACUCUUCCCAACGCAGGCGGCGACUUUCAAAUAUAUUUGAUUUUCAAAUGGUGUUGUUCACCUCCAAGCUGUAUUAACUUUAUAAGCCAAGACAAGCAGGGAUGAGUUUUCUGCUCUCUGUACAUGACUGCGACGUGUCUGUUACUCUGGUUCAAGUUAGAUUACAGCCCUUGAGUGUCUAUUAACAUGAGGAUUUAACUGCUUCCGUUUGGAGUCCUGCCAUGUGGGCUUUUUCUUAUGGUCCAUUAAUCACUACUGGUACAGUGUCUAAUCUUGAUCACCUAAAUGUAUCUGUUGAUGAUAUACACAGCUUUUACAGACGAGCACUUGCAUGCCAAUGAUGAGUUUUCCACACCUUUUGCCAUUUUCAAGCAGUAAUUUGUGUGUCACUGUUAAGUCAGUGUUUUUACUUUUGUACAGGAAUGCAGAACAGCAUCAUUCAGAAAACUAAAUAUCAAAACUACAUGUUAAAUGUCAAAACUACGUUAAAUGUCAAAACUACAUGUUUUGUAAGUGUUGCUGAUUCCACCAAUGUCCCCAUGCUGUAUCUUACAGGAAGAAAUGUGGAACUAUA